UCUGCCCCAGGACUCUUGAUGCUGUUGCUGUUGUCAUUGGGAGCUGCAGCCCAGAAGACUAGUGGCUGCGCUCGCUGGUGCCCUCCGAAAUCCACGUGUGUCAAUGCCACCGCCUGUCGCUGCUCCCCGGGAUACAUUUCUUCGUUCGGGGAGAUCUUCACCAGCAUCUUGGAGAGCUGUGACGACAUCAAUGAGUGUGGGCCAUCCUCGACAGUGUCCUGUGGAAAAUUCGCAGACUGCCAGAACACAGAGGGGAGUCACUACUGCACAUGCAUUCCAGGAUAUGAGCUUGCUUCUGGGGCAAGAACGUUCAGGAAUGAGAGUGAGAACACGUGUCAAGGUAAGAAUUGACUUGUGUGUUCCAUCUCCUCGUACCUGAGGUCUGAGGUCACUCAGCUCACUUUUUCCAGGCAUCAGAGAACAUCCUGGUAUCCUGUCCCUUCCCAAACCCCUGAGUCAGAACCCUAUGUAGAGGGUCACUUCUGCAGUUUUGGAAUGUCCUUGCCCACCUGGCAUCUUAUUUUCAUGAAGCAAAUGAGAGAGAUGGCAUCAAGAUACUUCACAAGCUGAGAGCAUGUGUCUUCCCACACAGUAUCCAUUUUCUUCACCAUCAUCAGUGACUGUCAUGAAGAAUCCUGCACCCACUGGGGCCCACACGGGCUUGGCCACACCGGGAGCUCUCUCAGACCCCUGGGCCCUGAAUAAUCCAGGGACCAUGUCCAGAAACAUGGGAGGAGGGGAAUUUGAGAGUGGCUUCCUCUUCCCCAGCUGGCCCUGACCAUGGCCAACAACCCCACCUGGAGAAGACACCGCCUGGCACCUUGACUUGGGUUUUUGUCUGCUCUGUCUACAUGUAUUUCCCCGUGCAAGGCUCUGCCUGACUCUCCCCAAUAAUUCCAUUAACUAGCCUGUGGCAAAUCAGAUGACCAGGGUCUGGGAGGUUGUUGUGUUGGGUGUGGGAAGGGUGAUGCGGACCACCCCGCACAUACCUGGAGAUUCAGGUGAAUGGAAGAGGGUCUCAUCUGGACCAAAUGGCAAGAGAGGGUAUAAUUUCCCCGAGACCGAUGCUCUUCCAAGG